UGCCUCACUCCCUCAGGGACAAUUAAUACCAUUUUACCAUUGAUCGUCAGCAAAGUGGAGUGAAUUAGUGACUGAAGACAGAUCAAAGGGCAAGACCUGUGGACUCUCAGGAUGUGUCAAGCAUCAGUUAUUAGACAAAGUCUCCAUCACAGGGCACUGAUAGCUGCACUGAUUGUAUUUACUCAAGACCUGAGCAGUGGAGGAGGAGCACAGGCAUGGACCUACAACUACAGCACCAGUCCAAACCGGAGAUGGGUUGAGGCCCGCCAGUGGUGCCAGCAGCAUUUCACAGACAUGGUGACCAUCCAGAACCAGGAGGAGUCUGACUUUGUCAACAAUCUGCUGCCAUUUAACCAAAAAUAUUACUGGAUAGGCAUUCACAAAGUGUCUGGAGUCUGGAUCUGUGCAGGAACAAACAAGAAUGUGACAGAAGACACUCAGAACUGGGCACCAGAGGAGCCAGACAACAUAGUGGGUCAGGACUGUGUGGAGAUUUACAUUAAGAGGGAGAAAGAUACAGGCAAAUGGAACAAUGAGAAAUGCCGCAAUAAGAAGGGAACAGUCUGCUACUCUGCUUCUUGUACACAAGAUUCCUGCAGUGCACAUGCAGACUGUGUAGAGACCGUAGGGAACUAUACCUGCCAGUGCCACCCUGGUUUCCUUGGGCCACGCUGUGAAGAGGCAAUCACAUGCAAACCCUUGCUGGAUCCAGAACAUGGUUCUCACCACUGUUUCCAUCCCUAUGGGUCUGAUCAUUUCAACUCUUCCUGCCAUUUCCACUGUGAACUUGGCUUUCGUUUGGUAGGCGCACCCCAACUGUUCUGCCAAACUAGUGGAAAUUGGAGCCACCCACUUCCUUUGUGUCAAGCUGAACAGUGCCCAGCGCUGAACCACACCAGCAUCAGUGGAGGUCAUAUGAACUGCAGCCACCCCAUCGCACCUUACAGCUACAACUCCACCUGUGAGGCCAGGUGUGAUGAAGGCUAUGAGCUCAGUGGAGAGGGCCAGAUACUUUGUGACCACACUGGCCAGUGGACAGCUAGCGUCCCAGCAUGCACAAUAAAAAAGUGCUCCACCAUUUUCUUUCCUGGUACGGGCAACAUGACCUGCGAGCACGCUCUGGAGCCUCUCUCUGUCGGCUCGCGGUGUUACUUCACCUGCCAGGAAGGCUACUACCUGUCUGGAGAUGACGUACUCACCUGUCUGACCUCAGGACAGUGGAACAAACCUACACCUACAUGCACAGUGGUACAGUGCAACAGUCUAGAGGCUCCACCCCAUGCCUCCGUGCAAUGCCAAGACCCUUUAGGAGUGUACAGCUAUGGCUCAAUAUGUACCAUGCAAUGCGAAGAAGGAUUCAGUCUGAUUGGCACAAACAUGACAAAAUGUUCUUCACAGGGCAACUGGACUCACACACUUCCUGUCUGCCAGGCUAAGAAGUGCAGUCGCAUAACUUCUCCCCCUCAUGGGUCCCUGUCCUGUUCUGACCCAAAUGGUUCCUUUAGUUAUGGUUCACGGUGCAAGUCAACCUGUGAUGAGGGUUUUCUUCUGAAUGGGACGGCUGAAACAGAGUGCACCUCUCUGAGCAUGUGGAGUGCAGACAUCCCACAUUGCUUAGCUACAAAAUGUCCCCCUCUGACCACUCCAACCUACGGCUCCUUAGUUUGCUCUGAUCCCCAUGGAGAGUUCAGUUUUGGUUCUCAGUGCACGUCAACCUGUGAGGGGGGCUUUCUCCUGAAUGGGACAGCUGAAACAGAGUGCACCUCUCUAGGCUUGUGGAGCGCAGACAUCCCACAUUGCUUGGCUAAGAGAUGUCCCUCUCUCGACCCUCCAUCUCAUGGCUCUUUAUCCUGCUCUGAUCCCCAUGGAGAGUUCAGUUUUGGCUCUCGGUGCACAUCAACCUGUGAGGAGGGUUUUGUCCUGAAUGGAACAGCAGACACUGAGUGCACCUCUCUGGGCACAUGGAGCCGAGAAAUAGCCCACUGUCUGGCACGUCCAUGCCCCCUAUUGGCCAAUGCUCCACAACAUGGGAGGAUGAACUGUACCCAUCCACACUCCCCUUUCAGCUAUGAUUCCCACUGCAACUUUGAAUGCAAUGAGGGUUUCUGGCUGAGAGGAACUCCAACAAUGACAUGCAACAAUUCAGGCCACUGGAGUCAGGAUCUACCCACUUGCCAGCCGGUACAGUGUGAGGCCAUCCAUACCUUGACUUUAGCCCUGUCUAUGAACUGCUCCCACCCUCUGGGGAAUUUCAGCUUUGGCUCUCAGUGUCUCUUUACCUGUGAAGAUGGGUUCUUCCUGAAUGGCACAAAGGAGCUGCUUUGCUCCUCCUCUGGGUUUUGGAGUGACAGUCUGCCUAACUGUACAGGUAUGCCAGUGGGGACUACCAUGUUGAUGCAUGGUGGAGUUGGGGUGGCCUCUGUUGUCGUGCCAGUUGUCCUGAUAGGGCUGGCUUUGUUAUCUUUGUUAUGGAUACUAUUUAAGAAAAGAGAAAAUGCAAUCAUACAUGAUGUGCCAUCAUGGGAAGAAAGAGAGAAUCCAGCAUUUGAGAGCUGAAUAUAUUUUUUGUUCCUUUUUGACACUUUUAAUUUCUUUAGGAAAUCAUUUCAAAUACUGCAACUUAACGUUUGCUCUUAUUAUUAUGUGAAGCUUGGUAGUUUUAGUUUGAGACUACCAAAAUGUUGGAUGAUUGGAUGUUGAUUUCACAUUAACUGUAAUUUUAAUUUACAUUCUGGCUUUAAAAUUUAGCUUAGAAAUCAACUUUUACACAUUUUGCAUGAAAAGCCCUUUUUUUAUUAUCAAAAAAACAAAACAAAUCAUGCACGAUAGACCUACAGUAAAGUUUGUGUGCAGCUUUUGCUUUGUUUCUUGCUUGUACAUUCCUUAAAUUGUCUUAUCUCUUAAAUUGUCAAUAAAUUAUAACCAUG